AUGGACGAGGGUCUGACGGAGAUGCAGAGGAGGUUGGCUGAUUAUAGGAGCUACCUAUGGAAAGAGGGUAUCCUGGAUUCUCAGUACUUACAGCUUCAUGAACUGCAAGAUGAGAGCAACCCGGGUUUUGUAGUGGAAGUGGCGUCUCUUUUCUUGACUGACUCUGAGAAGCUGCUCGAGGAUCUCGCCAGCGAUCUAGUUCGGCAAGAUGUGGACUUCCAAAGGGUAGACGCCCAUGUCGACCGGUUGGAGGGCGGCAGUCGUAGCAUAGGAAUACCGAGACUUAAGAAUGCCUGCAUGGCCUUCCGCAACCUCCGCAACUCCUGUCAGGAGAUAAACAUUCCUGGGUAA